AACUCCAUAGGUGAUAACACAGAAGUGAAAAACACUUCGCCGAAUCAACUUGAAUUUCUGCCGAAUACAAAUCGGUGCGCAUUAGGCACAGGUGUCGUAUAUUAUACGUAUCUGCUACGCGGUAGACGCUCAUUUAAUUACCCAGCUUCGUGGAUUGCAAACGUUUCUAAGAUCAAGGACGCCAUCAAACAUCGAAUUUAAAGUGUAACGAACAUUUCCAAUAGUUCCGUUAAGAAAAGCGAAAGUUAAAAUGUACAUCCUACAAGUUUUCAUAAUUUCGGUUACAAUAUUUGCCACAAUUGUCAACUGUGACCAGCCAUCGUAUCAGGUGUCGCUCCAUGUGAACCUGCAUCCCAAAGGACCGCCGGUACAUUUGUGCAACGGUGAAAUAAUUCAAAGUCGUAUUAUUGUGACGACGGCUCGGUGUGUUCAUUACAAAUUCUCUCCUAACAGUCCUGCGGUUCCUCUGCCAGCAUCUGCACUGCGAGUGAUAGCAGGCAGUUCGACGGAAUUUUACGACGAGCUAAUAGUCGGUGUUACAGAUGUGUUGGUGGCAAAGGAUUUCAACUACACAACCGGCGAGAAUGACUUGUCUUUACUUCGCCUGAGUAAAACAUUGCCUCUGGAUGUGCGGGCCGACAUGAGUUGGAUAACACUGGAUGAUGCUGCUAACUUUGAAGGACCAUGUGUGGCCAAUUAUUAUAUAAGAAAUUCAAUAUCGACGGUACCCAAUUACAUACAAACAGAGGAAUUGCCAUUGCUCGAUGCAAAGAAAUGUCAAAGCCACAACUUAUAUUCCCUAGUCAGAGAUUACGACAUCUGUUCCCUAUACAUGAUCCCUCUGGGUUUAACCUGUCAAGCGCUCAGUACACUUGACCACCAUAACGGAGACAGAGGCACUGGUUUGGUUUGUGAAAAUAAACUGGUCGGCCUCCUCUCAACUAUUCUUCCCAAGGAAAACUCAAGUGACACCCAUUGUUCUGAUGGUCCAAUUAAUGCUUUCUACGCCAAUUUGGCACCACAUUUAGGAUGGAUAUUCGAUGUAAUAUCCGACGAAGAUCUAAAAAUGUAUGACAAUGGAGAGUUCGUUUCCUCAUUGCCCUAUUCUGGCGAAAAUGGAUCUAUAGAAGAACCCAAUAUAUCAGAGCCUGGCACAAUCUCGCCAUUGGUGGGCGACAAUGUUACAAGCACAACCGAACCAAACGAUCUACCCAACGAAGCGUCAAACCAUGUCCACGGCUCUCUUACACUUGCGGUUGCAACAUUUAUCCUAGCAUUAUUUAGUAUUUAACGACGCAAAGGAUUCUUGAUGAUAUAUUAACUAAAUAUGCCAAAUACAAACAGAAAUAGCCAAAUACAUAGCCCCAGACGGCCUACCUCUUAGCUCACUAG